UGUUGCAGACAUGACAUCAAAUCUGCAGCCUUACAAGCACGAAAUCGUACUCCGGUACUUAGGGUGCAAAAUAUUUAUCGAUACGCUGAAGCCUUUUUAAAAUUCGAUUAAUUUUGGUAUAAAAUCCCAAAGUACACCAUAAUGAGUAGUUACAGUUCCAAAGAAUUUCUCGAAGAGCUCAGAGAGAAAGCUAAAAGCAGCGUUCCAGAAGUUGUGGAGGAACGUCAAACAUACGUUGAUCCAACGGAUGGAACAGUUUAUGAAUGGGACAGGGAAAAACAAGGAUGGUUUCCUAAGGUAGGUUGGUUUGAAGUUGAGGGUAGCAAAAAUCCAAAUGUCUAUGUGUCUGGACUACCACAGGAUACUACUGAAGAGGAAUUUAUUGAAAUGAUGAGCAAAUAUGGUAUCAUUAUGCAAGAUCCUGAGACAAACAAACCUAAGGUAAAGCUCUACAGAGACCAAAAUGGUCAGAUCAAAGGAGAUGGGAGGUGUUGUUAUUUGAAGCGUGAAAGUGUUGAUCUUGCAAUAGAGCUCUUGGAUGAGUCUGACUAUAAAGGACAUACUAUACAUGUUGAACAGGCUACAUUUCAUCUGAAAGGUGAUUACAAUCCAGCUCUCAAGAAAAAGAAAAAGAAUAAAAAGAAGAAAGCUGGAAAAGGACAGGAAAAAUUACUGGAUUGGGUGGAAAGGGAUGAGAGGAAAAAGUAUGAGAGGGUCGUUGUUUUCAAGAAUAUGUUUGAUGUUAAAGACUUUGAGAAAAAUCCUCUUUUGAUCACUGAGUUGCGCGAUGACAUGAAAGCAGAAUGUGAAAAGUUUGGCGAAGUGAGGAAGGUGAUCGUGUUCGAUCGUAACAAGGAAGGAGUUUGUUCAGUGGCGUUUGCAACAUUUGAUGGAGCUGAGGCUUGUCUGCCAGUGAUGAAUGGUCGAUGGUUCGCCGGCCGAAGAAUAACGGCUGAGAAAUGGGAUGGAAAAACAAACUACAAAGUGGAGGAAACAGAUAAACAAAAGGAAGAGCGGCUUGAUGAAUGGGAGAAAUAUUUAGCUGGGGAAUUGGACUAAUCCGAUGGGUUUCAUAUCCAAGGAAAAUCUCGUCGAUAUUCAGUGAUCGAAUGUCAAUAUACGAAUCAUCCAGUUCGGAGAGCAAUGCAAGUUGAAGAUCUUCAAAUGGUUUGGGAACACAGGACUGCUUCAAUGAGAAUUAGACUUUGGCAGCGCCACCUGCUGCUAAUGUUUGUUCCGGUGGAUCACAACGCAACACCCGACUUGUGCCACUUGCUGGGAACAAGUGAACGAAAGAAUCUUUUAGACUGAUUAUAAAAUUGGUAAUAUUUUACGAAGGGCAGCAAUUUAUAACAAUAUCCGUUAGCAAUUACUAAAGCAUAACACAAACCACCAUUCCCUUAUCACAAACAUUUUAUUCGUUCGAAGAACGAAAAAGGCAAUCAGAAUAGGGGACAGUUCGCAUUUACCGUUGUACAUGAUGUCGUAAUUCAGAAAUCUGCGUCGCCGGUUCCUGUGCCAUUCGCUAGAAAAGAGAGACAAGUUUGUAAAUCACUGGCCUCCGGCGAGUGAUUUACAAACUUUUCGACCAAUCAAAGCUCUCGUAGUAUCUCAGUUCUUUUAAAAAAAUAACAACCUUUGAAUUUACUCGUGUAUUUUGUAAGAGAGAAGCACUCAUUUUACCACCUUGACUACACGCAGAUUACACAAUGUACGAGUGCGUACGAUUUUCCUAACGUUGAAAAGAAAAACUUCAUUUGUCCUUUUUUUUGCUGUAAAUUUCACUCCUUACCAUAUGAUGCUUGUUCUCAUAGUGAAGAAUCGUAUAUGUAAAAUCUUAUGUAAAAAAGAAAAACAACACUCAAUUGUCUCUCUUUUCAAACCCCAGCUGCCCAUUUAUUUAUCUAAUUAACAUAAUUUUUAGAGAAUUGGCGAUGGAGUGUAGGAAAUGAUCUUCUCAGUAUUAUGAAGACUAUGAGGAUUAUCGUAACAGUAAAACAUCAAAGGCAGAGAAUAACGAAUUAUCUCUCUUUCGUCUUCCGUGUGAAAUACGAUCGAUUUGUUCCUUUAUCAUCUUGCAGGGUUAUUGAAUAAAUCGCAAGCUGGUAUGUUGUCACGUUUUUUUAUCCGAA